ACAAUUACUGUGCAUGGUACAGAAUGGAAACGUUGUCCAACUACAUGCAUUGCGUAUUGAUUGCGCCUUCCAACGCAUUCAACACCCAGCUGAACUUAAUAAAGUAAAGCAUCUGCGUUGCCUUCCAACCCGUGCAUCGAAUGGUACAGUCGACGUGGAGUGAAGCGCCCCACACCAGCCGAGCAAGUGGUAGUCUUGUGUCAGAACACUGUCGUCACUAGAAGAGUUAGGAACUAGAAGAACGGAAGGAAGGUUAUUCUGAGGAUAAGGUGUUUACGGAAAAGUUGCAAGAUAAAGAAAGAUGAAGUAUUGGUGAUUCCAGCAUCAUGUUUUUGGAACGGCAAGUCACUACGAUUCAGACCAAGAUUACUGGUCGUUAUUUGCUUAACUGUGCCAUUGUUUUCCUUGUGGUCAUCGUUACAAAUGUGACACCGGUAGAAAUAACACGUCUAUCUGUGCCUCGAUGGGUGCAGAAUGGCACUGAAGACUCUGUUGUCCUCGAUUGUGAGUACACACUUACCACUGACGAUGACCGCUUAGUCGUCAAAUGGUUUCUGAAUGACGAUCCAGAACCUAUCUACCAAUGGAUACCGGAACUUGAUUCCCGGCAUGCGUCUCGUCGUCUUCAGGGUCGUUUGAACAUGGAUUACAAAGUUUCACCGUCCAAUGGCUACACCAAGUACAGAGCGUUGAACAUUCUCAGACCCACAACAGAUCUUAGUGGCAGGUACUCUUGCCACGUGGGAUCACUUAGUAAUCAAGAUUCGGAGGACCAAAUUAUGAUUGUCUACGCUCCGCCAAGAAUUUUCGACUUUAACUUCACAAAAUUUGCUCCGGGAAUGGCGAAGUUCACAUGUGAAGCAGAUCGCGUCUAUCCAUUACCGAGAGUGUCUAUGUAUCGUCGCACAGAGGCCGAUGAUCCAAGACCUAUCAGUUCCACACAGACAAUUGUACAUCAAAAAAACGGAGCAUUUACAAUCCAAAUAUCCCAAGAUAUUCGGGAUAGAGAAUUUCCCUCUGGUCAACCAGUUACGUUCGAAUGCAUUCUUUCAAUACCGGGUACAAAUUUCCAACUACAAAGACGCAUGAUCUAUUACCCAGGUAACUUUUUAAAUCAUACGAAACUUUAUUUCUAUUAGUUUUAGUUUUAAGCAACCUAAAUUUUAUCAAGAUUUCGAAUUAUUUAAUUAAGAUAGUUAAAAAGAAUUUUUGAAAACCGCAUCUAUAAAUGUCUAUUCCAUUCAGAAAAACCAUAACCCCAAAAGUUGGCAAGUUUGCAAUGGGUUUAAUACUUCGAAAAUCCACAAAAGGGAUGAAAUUUUGUCGAAGAAAAACUGGGAUAUCGAAUUCUCUGACAAAAUAUAUUGCAAGGAAGCAAUGUAUUGGAUUAUAAAAGCAAGUGAUGUAUUGCUGGAAAGCACACAUCAAGUAAAAAAAGGAGAUUAACUUGUUUAUUUCUCCAAUUUUAGAUGGAAGGAAAUAUCAUUACGAAAUAAAUUCGAAUAAUUAAUAUUAUUUAAAAAUGAAAUUAUUCUAUUUUUAUUUUCUCCAUAAAUGUCACAGUCAACAACUGCUUUUAAAUUUAUACCUUUGAACGAUUUAGUUAUAAAAAAAACAACAAGAAGAUAGCUGCCUAUUUUGCUUUCGUGUACGAGCGUAUCGUUUUUGACAGCACUUCUCUCACAAGUGAUGGAUCGCUUGCGUGUAUCUUGCGACAAUUUAACGUUAAAGGUGGCCGUUCCCGAAUUUUUAAUGGGACUAACUACCACACCAUGACGCCACUGUCAGAAAAUGAAAGUGUUUAAUCAUUUAUAGCAUUCUAUGUGUUAAAAUACAGCUGCACACUGAUUAUAUUUUACUAAAAAAUGGGAAAAAAAUUCUUGAAAUAUUUAAUAGACAGCUGAUUAAGUUAAGUGUUUUUCUUGAAUGGCAUAAUAACAAUAAAAGUCCUUUAUAGCUUUCAGCGAUGUUAUAUCAUAUGGCAUAUCUAUAU